UCUGGCAAUGUUCGUUCGAUUCCGAGACCAGUCUCGUGAUCGACUUCUCCUCCAUUAAUCCUCUGUUCAAUAUUUCUCCAACUCAUCAAUUUUUUUUCGCCGUCAAAUCAAAUCUUCCUUCUCAUUUUCUAUAGAAAUAUCAAACAUUUACGCAUUUGAUCUAUCGGACAGCGAAAUACACCCACUUAAGAGAAUCAAAUUCAUUUUGACCCACUAGAAAUUUCGUAUCUGCUACCAACUUCCUAUAUUUUUUUUUUCUUUUGGGAAUAUAGAGAAAAAUUAAAACCAAAAUCGCCAGGAAAACUAUGGUGUUUCGAAUGUAGUCCGACGAGGAAGAAGAAGACAGAUAAUUUUGCGUUUAGUCAACGAAAAUCUUCUUUCCAAAUUGAAUAUCUUAGGGUUUUGCAGUCAUGAUCCUUACCAAACACAAAAGAGAUAUAAACCUGUUUGUGCUCCAAAUAGGAGCAGCCCUCGCCGUAUCUUUCGCCGGAUUUCUAUUUUCCCGAUUCAGAAAGAAAACGAAAAGAAUCAGACCCACUUUGCCUCCUCUGAGAACUCAAUCACCUGAUCAUGGAUACAGAGAUUGUUCCAAUAAAUCCAUCGAUAGAGAAGAUUCAGAAACUCAGAACACUAGUAAAGAAGAAGACUCUUUAAUCGGUUUUUCGCCACGGAAGGGCGAAAAAGAUUUGUUUCUUUUACCGGAGUUUGAAGAGGAAGUGAAAAAGUUAGAAUUGUUGGCCUAUGAUGAAUGUGAAACCCCAAAGUCUGAUUUUUCUGUUCCUUUAGCAUUUCCAAGCGAAGAGGAAGCUGAUUAUGAGAAUGAGAUUAAGCGGUUGAGAAACACGGUGAGAGCGCUUCGUGAGAGAGAGAGAUGUCUCGAGGAUAAGUUGUUAGAGUAUUACAGUCUCAAGGAGCAGCAGAAGAUUGCAAUGGAACUACGGAGUAGGUUGAAACUAAACCAGAUGGAGACUAAAGUUUUCAAUCUAAAGAUCAAGUCUUUGCAAGCUGAGAACGAGAAACUCAAGGCACAAUGUUCUGAGCAUUCGAAAGUUGUGUUGGAGCUUGAUUUGGCUAAGUCUGAGGUUCAAGUGCUUAAGAAGAAACUGAACAUCAACACCCAACAACAUGUAGAGCAGAUCUUGUCCCUUAGAGAACGAGUUGCGAAGCUGCAAGAAGAAGAGAUCAAGGCUGUUUUACCUGAUCCGGAUGCGGAUAAGUUGAUGCAGAGGUUAAGGGAUUUGGAAGGUGAGAUCAACGAGCUUAGUAACUCCAACACGAGAUUACGUUUUGAGAAUUUGGAACUUGCUGAGAAGCUGGAAUCUGUUCAAAUCAUAGCAAGUUCAAGGCUGGAGGACCCGGAGGAGAUGGAGACAUUACGAGAAGAUGGUAACCGAUUGAGGAGUCAAAACGAAGAGCUGAAGAAGGAAAUCGAGCAGCUUCAAGGGGAUCGAUGCACUGACCUCGAGCAGCUUGUUUAUCUCAAAUGGAUAAAUGCUUGCUUAAGAUACGAGCUAAGGACAUACCAAGCUCCUGCUGGUAAAACAGUUGCUAGGGAUCUUAGUACUACUCUAAGCCCUAACUCAGAAGAAAAAGCUAAGCAACUGAUCCUGGAGUACGCACAUAGUGAAGAGCACGAGGAAGAUAACACAGAUUAUGAUCAAUGGUCAUCUUCUCAGGAGGAAUCAUCAAUGAUCACUGAAUCAAUGUUCCAAGAUGAUUCUUCUGUUGACACUUUGUUUGCGACCAACACAAAAAAGUCAGGGAAGAAGAAGCUUAUGCAUAAGCUGAUGAAGAUCUUACACGGUAAAGACACUCAAGAGCGCAAGAAGAGAGCUGGUUCAUCUGAACCAAGCAGCUCAAACACGGGUGCUCAUUCGACUCCUAGAAGGCUUCGAUCAACACAUUCAAUGGACUUUCAAAUGCUGAUGCGAUGCAAAGACGGCGAGGAGGACUUCAAGAAUAGCAUAGGGAUGGUGCGUCGUAAGAGUGAAGCAGCAGAUUGUUCCAUCUAUAAAGAAGAAGACGGAGGUGAAAACUGUUUGGAGACAGAUCAAAACAGAAAGAAGGAGCUGAUUAAACUGGCAGAGGCGCUGAGGAAAUCUCGUCCUACAAAGAAUCUGCAUAAGAAAUCUGUGUCGUUUUUCUUCUGAGAGUUUGGAAGAAACUGUAUAGUACUUGUACUGUAACACACAACGCCUAAAGCUAUAUAUAUACGUAUAAGUAGUAUAGAUAUAGCUCAGAGUUGUAAAUUUGUGAAGCAAACAUACAAUAUAUUU